UUCAGAACACUAAACCCUGCAGCAAAAAUCAUAGGGUUUUAGCAAGAAAAAGAAACUUACAAAUUUCAAUCAAUGGGGACGAAGAACAAAGAAUCGAAGAAAUUGAGCAAAAAAUCUUCUGGGGUUGAAGAAAAUACAGAUGAAAUGAUGUCCAAGUCAUCUUCAGAGCAAAAUGUGGGAGGACAUGCGGAGCAAUUGAAAAGACUCCAAGAAAAGGAUCCCGAGUUCUAUCAAUUCUUGCAAGAGCAUGACAAGGAUCUCCUAGAGUUUGAUGAUGAGGAUACUGAUGAUGAUGCCGAUACUGAAAUGGAUAGUGAGGAAAUCGAAGAUGAUGAAGCUGAUGAAUUUGACACUGAACAACUUGUUCAUGCAGAUGGAAAGGAGGUCAAGUCAUCCACAAAUGUCAUCACUACUGCAAUGGUGGAUGCUUGGUGUAGUUCAAUUCAUGAAAACAGGAGUUCGGGGGCUAUUAGGUCUCUCAUGAGAGCUUUCCGCACGGCUUGUCAUUAUGGUGAUGAUACUGGUGAAGAUGCUAAGUCAAAGUGGAGUACUAUGUCUAGCACUGUGUUCAACAAGAUAAUGUUAUUUGUUCUAAAAGAAAUGGAUGGAAUUCUUCGUGGCCUGUUGAAGUUACCAACUUCUGGUGGGAAGAAGGAGAUGAUAAAGGAUAUGUCUAAAACUAAACGAUGGAAGAGCAACAACCACUUGGUCAAAUCAUAUCUUGGGAAUGCGCUACAUGUUCUAAAUCAGAUGACAGAUACAGAAAUGAUAUCAUUUACAUUACGAAGACUCAGAUUUUCAUCUGUAUUUUUGGCUGCUUUUCCAGUUCUUUUAAGGAAAUAUAUAAAGGUUCUUCUUCAUUUCUGGGGUACAGGUGGAGGUGCACUACCAGUUGUCUCUUUUUUGUUUCUAAGGGAUCUGUGUAUACAGCUUGGCUCUGAUUGCAUUGACGAGUGCAUUAGAGGGAUGUAUAAAGCUUAUUUAUUGAACUGCCAAUUCAUGAAUGCGUCAAAGCUGCAGCAUAUUCAAUUUCUUGGUAAUUGUUUCGUUGAACUCCUUAGGGUGGAUCUUCCCAAUGCAUACCAGCAUGCCUUUGUUUUCAUUCGGCAGUUGGCAAUGAUUUUACGGGAUGCGCAUAGUAGUACUAAGACCAAGAAACCGUCUCAAAAGGCUAACCAAUCAUCCAAGGAAGCACACAAUACCAAGGGCAAGGAAUCAUUUCUGAAGGUUUACCAGUGGAAGUAUAUACAUUGUCUUGAGCUUUGGACUGCAGCUAUCUGUGCAUACAGUUCAGAACCUGAGUUUAGGCCCAUGGCUUAUCCGCUGACGCAAAUAAUUUCUGGAGCAGCUCGUUUGGUUCCAACUGCUCGCUAUUUUCCCCUUAGAUUGCGAUGCAUCAAAAUGCUCAACAGAAUUGCUGCAUCCACCAAUUCUUUUGUUCCUGUUUCCCCUCUCCUCUUAGACAUGUUGGAAAUAAAAGAAUUGCAUAGGCCUCCAACAGGGGGAGUUGGAAAAGCCAUAGAUUUCCGUACUGUUUUAAGGGUUAGCAAGCUUACGUUGAAAACGAGAGCAUUUCAGGAAGCAUGUGUGUUUUCUGUGGUUGAGGAACUUGCUGAGCAUCUUGCUCAAUGGAGCUACUCAGUUGGUUUCUUUGAGCUCUCUUCUGUCCCUGUUGUUAGGUUACGCAACUUCUGCAAGUCCACCAAUGUCGAUAGAUUUCGUCGCGAAAUAAAGCAAAUUAUUCGCGAGAUUGAAGCCAAUUCGGAGUACACAAAUAAGAAGCGCAUGACAGUUUCAUUUCUGCCUAAUGACCCAGCGGCAGCAUCUUUUCUUGAGGAUGAUAAGAAUGCAGGGGUGAGUCCUCUUUCAAAAUAUGUUGCUAGUCUCCGACAGAGAGCACAACAGAGAAGUGAUUCAUUAAAGGAAUCCAGUAUACUCGUUGGCCAAGAUUCAUCUGCCUUCGGGAGUAAGAUAACUGAAAGUGAUGAAGAUGAUGAUGGUGAAGAUAGCAAAGGUGAUGCUGUCUUCAGUUCUUCUUGGCUACCUGCAGGCACUCCCAAGGAUGAGGAGUCUACAGAGGAGAAACAACAGAAAAAGAAGAGAAGUAAGGAUCAGCAAGAUGAAACUGCCUUUGACGAAGACAUUGUAGAGGAUUUUAUUCUCAGUUCUGAUGAUGAGGAGGGUUCCUUGAGUGACGCCCCCUCUGAUGAGGAAGCCAGCAUAAAACAAAAGCCAUCUAAAGCGCCUUCAAAGAAGAAAGGGAAAACGCAUCGGAGGAAGAACAAGAAAAGGAAGCAAUCCAAUCAAGUAGCAUCUGCUGUCUGAUGAUUCUUGUACAAUGAACAAGAACAGUGUAGCGUGAGCCAGUUUGUCCAGUGUAAGCUAUAAGCAAAAAAUAUUAUACUGUACAAGUUAGCUAUCAUUUUUGUUUUCCUUUAUCCUAAAAAAAUUUUCGUGCCAUGUAGGGCAGACUACGUAUAACAAUUCAUAUAUAACUAAUCCCAACUAGUUGGGUAUUGAGAUGUAAUUCAUUGAUUGAUCUAUUUCUUUUUGGCACUUAUA